AGCAAGGCUAAGGAGCUGCCUCUAUCUGCCGUUCGUUUCAUGGAAGAACUGGGCGAGUGCGCUUUCGGCAAGAUCUAUAAGGGACAUCUCUACCUUCCAGGCAUGGAUCACGCUCAGCUCGUCGCUAUCAAGACACUGAAAGACUUCAACAACCCCCAGCAGUGGGCAGAGUUCCAGCAAGAAGCGUCGCUCAUGGCUGAGCUCCAUCACCCCAACAUCGUUUGCCUCUUGGGCGUUGUGACCCAGGAGCAACCCGUCUGCAUGCUUUUCGAGUACAUGAACCAAGGAGACCUCCACGAGUUUCUCAUCAUGAGGUCGCCGCACUCGGACGUCGGCUGCAGCAGUGACGAGGACGGGACUGUAAAAUCCAGCCUGGACCACGGGGAUUUCCUGCAUAUCGCCGUCCAGAUCGCAGCAGGGAUGGAGUACUUGUCGAGCCACUUUUUUGUUCAUAAAGAUCUCGCCGCUCGUAACAUUUUAAUUGGGGAACAGCUUCACGUGAAAAUUUCAGACCUUGGACUCUCAAGGGAAAUCUACUCGGCAGAUUAUUACAGAGUUCAGAACAAGUCCCUCUUGCCAAUUCGCUGGAUGCCACCAGAGGCAAUUAUGUAUGGCAAGUUCUCCUCCGACUCAGAUAUUUGGUCGUUUGGAGUUGUUUUGUGGGAGAUAUUCAGCUUUGGACUCCAACCCUACUACGGAUUUAGCAACCAAGAAGUCAUAGAGAUGAUCAGGAAAAGACAACUGCUGCCGUGCUCUGAAGACUGUCCUCCCAGAAUGUAUAGCCUGAUGACAGAGUGCUGGCACGAUCUGCCAUCCCGGAGGCCACGGUUUAAAGAAAUCCACGCCAGGCUGCGCUCGUGGGAGGGUCUUUCAAGCCACACUAGUUCUACUACCCCCUCGGGUGGGAACGCCACCACUCAAACGACUUCCCUCAGCGCCAGCCCCGUUAGUAAUCUCAGUAACCCCAGGUACCCUAACUACAUGUUUCCAGCCCAAGGGAUCCCGCAGGCCCAAAUUGCCGGCUUCAUCGGACCGCCGAUACCUCAAAACCAGCGCUACAUCCCCAUCAACGGGUACCCGAUCCCGCCGGGCUACGCUGCUUUCCCAGCCGCCCAUUAUCAACCACAAGGUCCGCCCAGGGUCAUCCAGCACUGUCCUCCUCCAAAGAGCCGUUCUCCCAGCAGCGCCAGCGGAUCGACGAGCACGGGUCACGUCACUAGCCUGCCGUCGUCGGGCUCCAACCAGGAGGCAAAUAUUCCUUUGCUGUCUCACAUGUCCAUUCCUAGUCACCCGGGGGGGAUCGGUAUUACGGUUUUUGGUAAUAAAACUCAAAAACCCUACAAAAUUGACUCGAAGCAGUCUUCCCUGUUGGGAGACACCAGCAUCCAUGGACCUAACGAAUCUAUGAUUUCAGCGGAAUUGUAAAUAAAGCGAGGCCUUUGUAAAUAGAACUAUUUACAACGCAAAACUAGGAGGGCGUAGAAAAGAUUUCUAUUCAAAUAUUUUAUUAAAGCUUCUUCUGGUUGUUCAACAGACAUUGCAGCGAGUAUCUUCUGUGAAGUUUAACUGCUUACCAGGAUGGGCAGCCUCAACCAGACAGAGAUCGUUGUGGUAGGAACACUUUGUCAAUGGACGCAUCGUUUCGUUAAGAGCCACCGACAAAUCAAAAAGGAGAAGGGGGACUUCUUUGGGGUUUAGUUUCUUUUAAAUGAAAGCAUUUUAUCCUACGCUUUUUCACAGCUUUUUAAACCUCUGAUGUGGUUUAAAUCACAGAAACUUUUAUACUGAAAGCAUAUUUUAAUAUUUGUCUCUUUUUUAGGAGAUGCAAACAUUCGGAGAUCUACUGGGUGUGCAAUUUCAGUUCCAAUAGCUAGCUAAAAUAUUUGUAAAUUUUGCAGGCAAGGGUUACGUUUCAAAUAUGUGAUCUGAGAGCCAAAUAAAUUACUUCAGGUAGGAUUUUGGUCUUUUUUAAAGUUGGGAAUCUGAGCUCAGUUUCAGACCAGAAGUCAUUUCUAUGGCAGCACGAUAGCUUGAGUUAUCAACUUGCAGCCUACAAAAAUCGUCUGCUCUUGGCUCCUACAGAUGGCUGGAGUUCUAAGAAAUUGCCUUAAAGGACAUGAAAUUAAAGCAUUUUAAUUUCAGAACCUGAAUCAACUUAUUCAAAGGUAACAUUUCAUAUUCUAGUAGUUAAAGCAGAAAUUUUAUAUCCUUUUUGUUGCUAUGCAACUGUUUAACGGAAAGUCUCCAAACCACGAUUUUAUGUAUGACAAUCAGUUUUUCCAGGAAUAUUUAUUGUUUCAGAUCAAGGUGUAAUUUUGGUGACGAUGACUCCAGCAACCCUGGAAAAAGGGAAACUCACAUUCCAUUAGGCAGCGAAUCUGUUGAUAGCAAUUUUGUCUGUCAGUUCUAAUAAUGUGAAUUAGUGUUAACUUUCGACUUCAAAAUACGACAUUUGUGUAAUUACUAAAAAUUCAUUCAGGUGUAAGCAAUCUAGAUUAUUCAUUUGAAACCACUUAAAUGAGCUACAAAAGCGCUGUGUACGUUACAGCUUUUCACAGACUCUUUUUUUGUACUGAAUGAGUGUUUUUAUUGUACACGGAACGAAAACAAUCUUCUGCUCGGUUGACAAUGUUGUAUGAUAUGACUUUAUUUUUAUCUUUUUUUUUUUUUUGCACAAAAGUGUGAUAAUGUUUUGUACAGCAGAAGUGAAAAUACAUCUCUGCAUUUU